UGUUAAUCACACGACAUAGCAAAUACAGUACCAUACAACCAAUGUAAGACGAAGUAGCCCAGUCUAAUAAGUUGAGCCUCUUUGCUAGGAUUAGCUGGAAUGGCUCAAGUAUCAUUCUGAGGAGAGUACCGACUGUUAAGCCUUUCAAAACACUUACUAACGUGGAACCAUAACCAAUGGACUACCGAAUAUUGUCAAUAGAUUAACUGGAAUGGUUCAAGUAUCAUUCUGAGGAGAGUACCGACUGUUAAGCCUUUCAAAACAUCGCGUAAUGAUGCCAACUAACAGUGAGUUCAGAAGAUAUGGCUGUCAGGCGCUCUGUGGAUCAUGUUUGUCACUUCUGUUGGGUUUUGGUGUGCUCAAUACAUUUAGCGUAUUCCAGGAUCAUAUUGGCACCGAAUUUGAGAAUCCAUCGUCCACAAUUACUUGGUUGUUUGCAUUCGCAGCCGCAUUUUGGCAAAUUGCAGGAUUUGCUUGCGGCUGGAUCAGUUGUAACCUAGGACAUCGGAACGCAGCAUUUAUUGGGGGUACAGCAUUGGUCUGUGGUCAAAUAUGGUCAUACUUUGCUAACGAUAUUUAUCAAUAUUUUCUGAGUAUUGGAAUUUUAACUAGUUUUGGAAUUAGCAGCUGCUAUAAUGUUGGUCUGACCGUUUUAGGUGUGCACUUUAAGAAAGAAUUCGAAUUAGCAAACAGUAUUGCCUCUACAUUUGUCGGAAUUGCUUCAAUCGUCUUCCCAAUGUUAUUUGACUUAGAAAUUGAACAUUUUGGAUAUAGAGGUGCCUAUUUGAUAUUAGCUGGCUUUUGUCUGCAUAUGUAUAUUGCUGCUAUACUGUUUCGCCCAACUGGUCAUCACCGAAGAAAACAUAUCACAUUAAAAACUACAAAUAUUAAAGAUAUUGUAGCGGUUCCUGGAUUACUUCCAUACAUGUUUGUAUAUGCGUUUUUUUAUAUACCCUACAUAACAUGGAUAACUUUUGCUGUACCGUACGCACUUGAGCUUGGAAUAGAUUCUCUUGUCGCAGCUUCACUCAUUAGCGUAUACGGAUUCGGAAAUAUUGGAGGUCGAUGUGUACAGAUAGUCUUUACUUACUUUGUAAAGAACAAAUCAAUGGCGCAAUUGUUGGCUGGUCUAUGUUUAGCUGCAACGAGUCUGGUCGUAUUCGCAUUUGUGCAAGAUUUCGGAUUAUUAGUAGGAUCGUCAUUUAUGUUCGGGUUUUCACUUGGAUUUGUAUUGCCUUCAGUGACUGUCAUUAUAUGGUAUCUUUCAAUCGGGAAUGACUUCGAAGUAAUUCUUGGUGUUAAUACAACCUUCAUUGGAUUACUCAAUCUAUGCUUUGGAAUAGUUAUUGGCGAACUUCGGGGUUUAUUUGGCUCUUACCAUUUGACGUUCAUCAUAAUUGCCCUGAUGUUGCUAAUGGCGAUAUUAAUAUUAGUUUGCACCAAACCUCUUCGACGUAUGUUACCGGGUUUCGACUUAUCAUACACUGAGUUUCCACGGCAAGACGAGGACAAUGAUUAACCAACAAACAAGAAACAUCUAUUCAUUUCCAUCGUUGGUUUCUGGCAUAUAUGGUUUUCAGCAAAUUACAAGGUUAAUUCACUGUCUUUUAGAAGAGACUUUUUUACGGUUAAAAAAUAGAUAGAUGUAAAAUAAUAAUAAAAAGUAAAUAUUUAAACUUGGCACUCUUGCUCAACACGGCAUUAAUGCUUCAUUUAGAUGAGACUUUUUUACAUUUUAUGUUAUAUUUCCUUAUGCUUUAUUGUCAGUAAGAAUAUUUUUUAUAGUUUUUAAAAUUUUGGUAUUGUUCUAGGCUUAUUUAUUACCUAGGUUGUGUUUUAUUAAAGUAUUAUUACUAAUAUAUUUUAUACUUAUUUCUACAGCAUUAUUUCUUUACGAGUACUUUGCAUAUGCCUUUGCCUUAGAUUUUAUUAAUGACCACAGUAUUGCCUAUUUGGUUAAUAUUUACUAUAGUAUAUUUUUGUAUUUUUAUCUGUCAUUGCUGGAUAUCAACUUUUUUUUUAUUUAGUUAUAGUAUUAUUUUUUGUGAUUCUCUAAUAUACGAUUACACACCCCUCUAGGGUGUGCCUAUUAUAGUAGCUCUUGUGAUUUAUAGGUCUUUUGUUCUUAUUUCUCCUACUAUGGUUGGUUUUUCCUGAUGAUGAAAUAAUUAAUGUCGAAAUAUUGAAUCCCAACACGAUGGCGUGUAUUUCAAUACUUGGAGUAUGUAUUGUACUUUCUUAUGGUUGGUUAAUUAUGUGAUAUUGUUUGUUUACCUAUUACCGUACUAUAUGUGUACCUAUUCUAUGUUACAGCUUUAUGUACAUGAUGAUGGACUGUGCCCGAAACAUGUAUAAAUAAAUUUCAUCAAGCGAGAUGA